UAAAUUUGCAUGCAAGUGGUUGGGCUCUUUCAUCUGAUAGAAGAAGUAUUGUGUUUGGCAGUGAUAGUCAAACUGUCAUUAAAGGUGACGUAAAGGCUACACAAAAUAAGAAUAUCCUGGAUAAUAUUCUCCCAGAUCUUCACAUAAAACUUUUUAACGAAUAUUUAAAAAUAGAAGAAUCUUCUAGAGCCAGAUUACAAAAAACCUUUGAUUUUCAAGGUAUUAUUCGGUUAUGGCCAAUUCCAGCAAACAAAAAUGCGGAAAUUUCAAAAUACGGAUUAAAAGUGAUUCAACUUGCAUCUGAAAAAGGUUGUAAGAUAUUUUGGUCACCGAUUAAUGGUGGUACGUACGUUAACUUCAAAGAAUGUAUCUUUAUAACCAAAAAGACACCACCAACGGAAAUACACACGGCUAUUAUUAAUUUGCUUCAUGAACAAGAUCGACCUACAGUUUUAAUGGAAGAUAAACACUUGGAAGAAUUAGAAGAUCUAAAACCUCAAAAGGCUGAUCCUCAGUUUAUUAGGAGUAUUUUGAAAAAUGAAGAAUUCGUGUCAAAUAUACGAGAGGAAUACCUUUUUGUCUUAUUGAAAUAUAUCCUUGAAGAUAAAAAAUAUAAUGAUCUUGAAAAUAUUCCCCUAGUUCCAUUGUUUAAUAAUAAAUUCGGAAAAUUUGAUAAAAGUAAAACAUAUUACAUUGCUUCAAAAGAACAAUUUAAAUUAUUCCCUAAUGCUGGUCCACGUUACUUUAUUCCAAUAGAAUUAUUAAAGUCACAAAAAUUGUUACCAAAUUUUACUGAUGAAGAUUUUC